AUGCCGGGGAUCGAUGGCGAUGGUAGAGCCCUGAAAGGACAAUCUUCCCAGAUUAAUAAUGCCACCCCUCCCCCCCGGCCCACAGUCCGCGACUGGUGGAGGACGGAGAAACCCGGGGGCGCCAUCUCUCGUAAGGUAACUGUUGCCCCUUUGCGCACCCAGGUCUCCGUCACACAAGCCAGGUCGACCCCCUGCAAGAUAAAGAAAUCUCGCAGGGUGGCGGUUUCGCAUAUACCGUACUUUAUGCGAAAGCAGUAUGCAAAAAAGGGUGGAAUCAAUGAGGUAGCAGCUGUGUCAUGCUCUAAAACUAAAUACUGUAUGGGGGAAAUGAUGAUCAGCUGCACCUUACUUUUCUCUCGCCCGUCCCAUGAUCCACCCCUACCCGUACUAUCCUACUAAGAAUUCUGGAGAGCUGCAUACUGUUUCGGUUUGCACAAUAAAGACACUGAAAUUUAAAUAAUUAAAAUAAUUUAAAUUAAAAUAAUUAAAUUAAGUAUUUUAAUUAAUUAAUUAAUUAAUAAUUAAAAUAAUUUAAAUUAAAAUAAUUAAAUUAAGUAUUUUAAUUAAUUAAUUAAUUAAUUAAUAAUUAGAAUUAUUUUGAAAUUAAAAUAAUUUCAAAAAUAUUAUUGGGCAACACAGCCACGUUCGCUUAUCAGAGGCGGGGAAACAACUACCAUUUGACUGCAGCCUUUCUAGCUGUAGAAAUUACAAAUAACCCUAACACCUUCCGUGUUCACUUUGAAGAUUGGCUGCCUCUCUCUUCCGCCUUUCCAAAUAUUACUUGCAGUUGUGGGGAAAAGAAAAGUAAAAAAAAAAAAAAAGGAACCCGGGAGUUUCGUUUCAGGCCGUUGGGUUGCCCCCCUCUUCCCUUUUCCUGCCUCUAGGUUCCUGGCUCUUUGCCGCAGCAGGAGAGCCUGAACUUGGGCUUCCGGCCAACGGAAAAAGGAGAAGAGGAACUCCACCAGGAAAGUGCCCGGCGGCGUGGGAGGACGGGAGGACGCUCUAGCCCCUUCCUCUCGAUGCCUAGGCGGAGACAGCGGGCGCGAGAGGGAGAGAGAUGCGGUUGCUUCCUGCCCGCUGUUUUGCUGCUGUUGCCGGUCGCGCUGUCCUGGCAGGUGAGUCGUCGUCGCCGCCCUCUUCCUCCGCCGGCCCCCUUUCCCGGGCGUCCCGAAGGCAUUGGCAGCAGCGGCUGAAGCCCUGAAGGGGUGCGGGGCGAGAGGGAAGCCAGGGGCACCCGGAGGUGCUCAGCCGGUUUCGGUGGGGAACAGCAGCUGCGGGUCGGUGGGAAGACGGAGAGGCAGCAGAAUCCAAGCAGAAGGCUUUGUAUAAAGGCUUCUGGGGUUGCAUUGGGCAGCCGGCCUCCUCCUUGCAGUUGAAAUGCGGCAGCCUGAUUCCUAUGCUCCCCUCCAGGAGAAAAAAAUAUUCCCAUUAUCUUGAUUCCUCCCCGCCCCCUCAUUCCCUAUAAUAUCAUAAUGUUGUGCAUAGCCUUCAUCUGCUCCCACCGCCUCCAGCCUUACUCUGGAGGAAGUGUAAUUCAUUGUUAAUCCCACCCCCUCCCAUGAGCUUUACUUCCACUUAAGUGGGUUUAGGGAUAUAUCUUAAAACAGAUUUCGAUUUGAAUGCUGGCAGCUUUUUGGUAGGAUAUUUCUGUGCUGCGCUGCUUUAAAAAAAAAUUUGAUAUUGUAUAUAUUUUGCGUUACAUGACGGUGAAACAUUUCCUCACGUGUGUAACUGCAUUUUUCAAAGCCUAGGUCUGUCUGGAGUGUCUCCGGAUAAAUGCACACUUCUUGUUUUGAAAUGGGCUCAGUGGAUUGCUUUCAACCCUUGGUGUAAACUGCGAUCUCUUCUGUCUUUUCUUUAUCAGCUAUAUUUCAAAGCUUACACUGCCAAUCCUUAAUCGACAUGGUGUCAGCAUCCUACCAUAUUUCAUUAUGAUAAUAGUAAUAAAGGGGAAAGAGGGAGGGAGGCCUACCAUUGAGUUUUGUCAUUGCACACUGGUGUGUAGGGAGCCCUCUGUUUAUGCUCAGGGGCCCUCUUAGUCGUAUCAUGUUCAUGGCUUAAAUGAAGCUGCCUUUGAGGAUCCUAGUCAGCUGUUUUCCUCUACAAACACUGCCUGAUUCAACAGUUACUGCAAUUUCAGACAGAAGGAAGAAAAAGAGCCAUCCAGCUCCUGGCUAGAAUAGAGUAGGUGACUUUUGAUUGGGAUAAUGAACACAAUUACAAAGGAAAGAUUUGUGCCCUCAUAGUGAAUACUGCAGGCUCAAACUUCAACUUCAAAGCAAAUUUGUCAAACAGGCCAUCAAAUCCACCCCCUGCAUUAAGGCAGGAUUCCUAUAGCUAAAGUAGGAAUUGGCAACUGGAAGCCUUUGUUUCCACACAGAGACAUGUGUUUUAUACUUUGUGGUACUAAUCUUUGGGGAAUAAGGGACAGGGGUUGGCCCACCAGCUACAAUCUUCUCAGGGAGCAUCUGGUAAAACUGUUUGCUAAUCAGGGAUCUAAAGCAACCCCAAACACAAAGGUUACUCUAGCUUUUUUAUUGAAAACCCUGAAGGAAAGUUUCCAAGUGUUUUUACUUGAAUCUUCCUUCCUGAUGACUUCUUUUGCAAGAUUCAGAAUGAGGCAGAUGACUGACCCUAAAAUUCAAGCUUCCUUCUCUCCCCUUAGUCUUGCACCGUAUUUGUUCUCUUUGAGUAGGCAAGAACCAUUGCACGCACAUGUUGGCUCCUGUAGGCAAGCAUGUGCUCAGUCCUGCACAGACAGCCACAAUUAUUUCUUUUAAAAUGCUGUUGGAGAAGAGAUGGAUGCUUGCUCAUAAAUAGCCUGUGGCCUGGCCGUUUGUGGCGAGCAAAUGGUACCUCCGGGUAACCAGGCAGGCAUUAGUGCAAUACAAAUCCUGAAUUUGGAUUUGCAUGAGCAAGUGUGCUCAUAACGUUUAUGAGUUGAUUUGCAAGCCAGGGUGACACACCGCCUCCUCUAUGUGAUCAUAGCCACACUUUCUCCAUCUGCCAAGGUGCUUUAUAAAAAUGAACAAUGUGUUUUGGCACACAAAUUAAUGGGAGCCAUGGAAGAAACACAGUGGAACUGCGGGGGAAGGACCUCAUUAGAAUUUAUGCUUCCCAUCAUUGUGCAGAAAAAUGACUUCAUUAUGGAAAAUAUAUUUUCAUUCAUUCUUCUGUGGUGUAUAUUUGUCUGUUGUGCCUCCGGGGUAUCCCUCCCCCCUUUUGAAGAGAAGGCUAUGUAUUUUCUUUCUCUCCAGUGCAGGAAGUGGAAAAACUUUGUAAUAAGAAAGUCUCCAUCAACAUUGGGCUGGUUAUUGUUCUGGUUAAUCCUGCAACUAAGAAAUUCAUUCUCUUUCCAUCCUCUGCAGCAGUAGGUAGUCUCUGGCAGUUGUCCUCCUUCCAGAAAAAGGAAAGAGAACCAGAAGAGCAUGUUGAUUCAGAGCAUGAGCCAGAAGUUGGCAGUUCAAAGUUCAACUUCUUCAUAAACCAGAGGUGGGGAACCUGAGGUCAUCCAGAUGUUGUCUGUUUCCCAUCCCCAGCCAUUCCUGGCUGUUGGCUGGGGCUGAUCGGAACUGGAGCUCAACAAUAUCUGGAGGGCCACAGGCCACCCUGCCUCUUCCUGACUUGACAAGUGUCUUAUCAGGUGGCAAUCUCACAAUUUCAGCCUUUCUAGUAGUGGGCAUUUCCAACCACUCAUUAACCUGCAAGACCAUCUACACAUGAUGAGUAAAAUUAAAGCAACCCAUUAACUGCUUUCUUCUUUUUUUCAGAUGCCUGAAUAAAUACAUUUAUGAUAAAUAUUAUUAAUACUGAUAUUAAAUAUCUAAAUUCACUGAGACCUGCACAGCACACGUGUUUGUAGCCUUUCACUCUAAGAACAAUCAUCAUCAUAGUCAGGGAAUAGAAAUAACGUUGGAAGCUGCCAUUGUGAGUCAGACCAUUGGACUGUCUAGUUAUGGAGUAGAUCCUGUGUUUUGUGGGGUGCUCUGCUUUUUAAGGCAGGAGUUUCAUUGUCUAAUGAAUUGUGUUGUUUUAUUCCGGACGAGUGUUUCAGAAAAGAAACAAGAUAGGCCCCUGAGUUGCCUCAUUUUUCCCCAAUUUUUAAAAUUAUGCAUAUAAAUUUGAGUAGAGUUUUCAGAUUGCUGACUUCAGAUUUAUGUAUUUCUUUUAUCUAGCAUAACACCGGCUUCAUCUCCCUGUGAGGACGACUUCUCCUCCUAAAAAGGUAAAAGGUCAUGUGCAGAAUACAUGGUGUGAAUUGUUCUUAUUUUUUUUUUCUUUUUUAAGAAUUAGGAAAAGAAACUGGAGCUUUUGGCUUUGGAAAACAUUUCUUCUGGUGGCCCAUCUCAGAUAUUUCCCAAUGUAUAUUUGAAAGCACAUGCAGGCAAGGGACCAGAAAAUUGUGUCCCAAGAUGUACAUCUCUGCAGUGAAACUUCCAUCUGGCAAAGGUCUUCAUUCAUCUUGGGCUCUUCCAGUUGCCUGUUAGCAGGUGGGCUCUGGAAAAUGCAAACUAAAGCAGAGUUGGGGAACUCCAGCUCCCAUCAGCCCCAGGAGGAAUGAACAGGAAUGAUGGGAGCUUUAGUCCAACAACAUCUGGAGUAGCACACAGUACCUGCAUAAAAAAUUACCAGGUGUCUGUUGUAACUGCACAAGGACAUAGUUACCUGUGUCUCACCACAAGCAAUUAAUUCCAUUGCCCCCAUUUCUCAUCCCCCUUCUCUUCCACGAUUCCAAGAGCUUUCUGACAAGUGAUAAUUAUUCCAGGCAGUGAUGCAGGUCAGAAAAUUCUCUUGUUUUAUAAGUUCAUUAGUGGCAAUGAAUGGUUGCGAAUUGCAACGCACAUUAUUAGGCAAGAUUGGCAGUUUCAAAGUUUUUAGCAUUGCUUGCUAACCGCAAGUAAAGUAUUCUUGAUUAGAUCACGCUCUAGGGCAUGAGAGUUGUUGCCAAUGCAAAUUACUCUUAAUCUGCACAGAGAAGUUUUCCAAUUCAAUUUUUUCCUGAAAACACCCAUCACUGAUUGCAGGCUUGUUAAGAUUUUAAAACACUGUGUGGCUCAUGUCUGAGUUUCUCACCCUAAGGCUCCUGUUCUUUGCCAGCUUCUGUCUCUCUGCCCUUUUUAAAAUGCUAUUAGGGCAAUGUAAUGUAGGAGGUACCCUUAAUGUAUUUUAGAUGUCCUGCUCACUAGUGACUGUACAGAAAUCCUCUAUGGAUAUGUCAAAUGUCAUUCUGUUUUCCAGUACAAGGCUAUAAGGCACAGGUAGGGAAUCUGUGGCCUUCCAGGUGUUUUAGGGUUCUUUGGGCCUCAUCUUGCAUGACUAACAUGCAGACAUGAUGGAAAUGCAACAAAAUAGGGAGGGCCACAGACUCCCUAUCCCUGGGCUAGAGCAAUAUAUACAAGCCAUUAUUGGCCAGAAUGGCAGUGAAAUAGGACACCUAAGGAUAUUGUGCAGCUAAUCCACCUGGUUUUAAAAAGUCGGAUUUUCACAGCCUUGGGAAGAUAGGAAGGAAGCUGAAAAGGGGGAAACAGAGGGAGAUGUUUUGUUCACAGCAUUGUGCAGAUGCAUUGUAAAAACUUAAGUGAACAAACUGUGGAUAUGCCAAGGAAUAUGCCAUAUAUGCAGAGGAGUAUUUGCUCAGCUGCAGAUGUUAUGAAAGUUGUUGCUGCCGCAGAAAAAGCAAGCUGGUUUUUUGUUUAAAACCGUCUUGCCUCUUCAGCUGGGUGAUUGUUUUCAUUGCAGCUGUUCAAAACAAUGAACCUUGAUGAACUAGCCUCUGCUUCCCUCAAGCAAGUUGAGCAGCCACCCAGCCUAUAGAAGAGGGGUCAGCAAACUUUUUCAGCAGGGGGCUGGUCCAUUGUCCCUCAGACCUUGUGGGGCUGGACUAUUUUUUGGGGGGGGGGGGAUGAACGAAUUCCUAUGCCCCACAAAUAACCCAGAGAUGCAUUUAAAAUAAAAGGGCACAUUCUACUUAUGUAAAAACACGCUGAUUCUCAGACUGCCCGCGGGCCGGAUUUAGAAGGCAAUUGGGCCGAAUCCGGCCCCUUGGCCUUAGUUUGCCUACCCAUGCUAUAGAAUUUAAACAUUUGUGCUCUAAAUGGCCAAAAGCCAAUACCUUUGUGUGUCUUGCAGCCAAGCUUGUAGCUGUUUCUUGAUCAAUUGCUACUUCUGUCAACUCUGUUCAAAGUUUUGUCGCAUUUGCAGUAUUUUGAGAGUACUUUUUGUGAAAUUGUUCACAAGGUUUUCUCUCCAACUCCAAUUAUUGAGCUUUCGGGUAUUUGUUUGAAGUGGAUCAUGUGUGGGUCUCUCUCACAAGCUCCACUGAAAUGAAUGGAGAUUUCUCCAUAGUGCACAAAAAUACACACACUGGAGUACAGUCUGCAUAAAAAUAUAUGUGCUAGUGACAAUUGCACACACAAAUGCAUUAUAUUAGGGGAAAUUGCUGUGCAAAAUAGCAUAUUUGGCACAACUGCAUAUAAAAAUGUGUGUACACAGAGAAAUUUACUCUAAAAUGCUGCUGAAUUUUAAUGAGAACUUUAAAAAAUAUAUAUAUCACAGACCAAUAUGGAGAACUGAACUGAAGAUUGGAAAAAUUAGGAAAACUGAGAGAAACUGAAAUUGACAGAUUUGCACAUUUCUAAACAGGAAGUGUACUAUAUCAGUCUUUUUGUUUGCUUUGUGGUUAAAAGUUGUCUGCAUAUAGCAGGCAUGGUUCUCUUUUAAUUACUUGUACAGUCAUACCUCAGGUUACAGGCACUUCGGGUUGUGCGAUUUUGGGUUGUGCACUGCGCCGAACCCAGAAGUACCGGAACUGGUUACUUCCAGGUUUCUGUGCUUGCGCAUGCGCAGAAGCGCUGAAUCACAAUCCACGCAUGUGCACACGCUGCACUGCAGAUUGUGAAUACUGUAGGUUGGGAAUGUGCUUCCCGCACGGAUCACGUUCCCAACCCAAGCGUCCACUGUAUUGCAAAUGUUAUGCUUGGGGGUUUUUGUUUUUCCUGUUUUCUCUGAACAUUAAAUACUGUUUCCUCAUUUGUAUCUGUUUUGAGGCCAGUUACAGAUUCUUACAAAUCUAUUUAGCUUCUGGUAACAUUACUCAUGCAGCUAAAAAAUAACAAGUUGUUACUUCCGGGAGCAUUGGUUUUCUUGAGUAUGAUCUACUUUAACAAGUUUGCUUAAUGCUUUAUUUGACUUGUUAAAAGCUAACAUGCAGGGAAAGCGGCUUCACAUUUUUGCAAGUCGUUUCCGUGUUUUUGAAAAAUGUUUUGUAUAGAUCUGCUUGUGAUGGAGCAAAGAACCUCUCUUACGGUAGAUAACUAUGACCCCAUACGGCUGUAAACAAAUGCAUCAGAUUUUUACAUUCUUAUUGGCAUUUAUAAGAAUCAUGGUAUAAUUAGAAUUUUAUUACGAGCUGUUUUUUGUGGCAUAGCUGUCCUUUUUUUAAAAUCAAUCAAUCAAUCAAUCAAUCACUUUUUUAUUCUAUCCACCCUCCAGGUAGCACAGUGGCAAAAUAGAUCUGUCCCAUUUUAUCCUCACAACAUAGUGAGGUUGCAAGAAAGUGACUUUUUUGACGCUGUCCAGGGCACUUUGUGGUUCAACAGGAAUAUAAACCCAGGGCUCCCAGGACAAACUCUAGCACUCUAUCUGCCACACCCUGUCCUGGCUGUUAGCCAUUAACUUUCUGGAACCUAAUCUGUGUGUUAGUUUCAAGGGGUAAGCCAGAAGUUGAAGUGACCUGAAGGAGAGGGAAAGAUUCUCUGCUUCAUGAAAAAAUCAAGGGCUCUUUGAUUCACUUACUUGAUUCUCCUUUGUGCAGGGAAACAUAUCAUGUACUUCAGAUUCCCACAGGUAAAUGAGUUGUGGAAUCCUCUCAGAAAACACCAGUGACCUGGGAAUGAUUCAAAAGAAUAAGUAAGAAAAUGUUGCAGAAGGCAUCCUGAAAUUCUGCAAUCGUGUGCUCAAAGGAACACAUAACAGGCACAAAAUGUUCAGAGGAUGUGGACAAGCUGCCUCUGCCCCCUACUUCUCAGCUAUAGCCUUGGGGGGAUGGCUGUAGAGCACCUUUUUUGUGUUCAGAAAGUCCCAAAUUCAAUUCCUGGCAUCUCUAGGUAGGUCUAGAACCCUGGAAAGCCAUUGCUAGUCAUGGGUAGGCAAACUAAGGUCUGGGGACCGAAUCCGGUCCAGUCGCCUUCUAAAUCCAGCCCGUGGAUGGUCCAAGAAUCAGUGUAUUUUUACAUGAGUAGAAUGUGCCCUUUUAUUUAAAAUGCACCUCUGGGUUAUUUGUGGGGCAUGCCUGGUGUUUUUACAUGAGCAGAAUGUGUGGUUUUAUUCUAAAUGCACGUUAUUUGUGGGGCACAGGAAUUUGUGGGGCACAGGAAUUUGUUCAUGCUUUUUUUCUUCAAAAUAUAGUUCGACCCCCCACAAGGUCUGAGGGACAGUGGACUGGCCCCCUGCUGAAAAAGUUUGCUGACCCCUGUUGUAGACACUAGAUGGACCAGUGGUCUGGUUUAAUAUAAAAUAGCUUCCUAUAUUAAUGUCCUCACCAUUCCACCCCCAAUCUAGGCCUCAUAUUCACAAUGAAUUUAAACCAGUAUUAUACCACUUUAAACAGUCAUGGCUUCCCCCAAAGAAUCCUGGGAACUGUAGUUUGUUAGAAGGGUGCUGAGGCUUGUUAGGAGAAGCCUGCUACAGUGCUACAGUUCCCUGGGAUGUGUCUCUAUGAGGGGUCUAGGGAUCUCUGAACAACUCUUUUUUUAAAAAAAUUGAUAUUUAUUAAAGUUUCAAAAGAAGGAUACAUAAAUAGGAAAAAGAAAAAUAGAAAAAAUAAAAAUAGAAAAUAGAAAAAACAGAAAACAAUUAAAAACAAUUCCAUCUUUUCAUCACUUCUCUUACAUUUACUUGUUUCCCAGACCUCCUCAUACCUCCCUUUUUUGUAUUCCAGUUCAAUUUAUUAGUUCAGCAAUUCCUUUCCCUCCUUUUUAAACCUGAUCUUUAAUCUUAAUAUAUUAUAGCAUUAGGUUUUUACGUAUUGAAAAUCUAAUUUUUCCAUAUUAUUUUAUACCAUUACUGCUAGAAACCACUUAACUUCAAUCCAACAUCAUUCUAACAUUCAUUAAUUUUGCAAUAUUUCUGUAAAUAGUCUUUAAAUUUCUUCCAAUCUUCUUCCACCGACUCUUCUCCCUGGUCUCGGAUUCUGCCAGUCAUUUCCGCCAAUUCCAUGUAGUCCAUCAUUUUCAUCUGCCAUUCCUCCAGAGUGGGUAGAUCUUGUGUCUUCCAAUGCUUUGCAAUAAGUAUUCUUGCUGCUGUUGUAGCAUACAUAAAGAAAGUUCUGUCCUUCUUUAACACCGAUUGGCCGACUAUGCCCAGGAGAAAGGCCUCUGGUUUCUUCAAGAAGGUAUAUUUAAAUACCUUUUUAAUUCAUUAUAAAUCAUCUCCCAGAAAACCUUAAUCCUUGGGCACGUCCACCAAAGGUGAAAGAAUGUACCUUCAGUUUCUUUACAUUUCCAACAUUUGUUAUCGGGCAAAUGGUAAAUUUUUGCAAGCUUGACUGGGUUUAUGUACCACCUGUAUAUCAUUUUCAUAGGGAUCUCUGAACAACUCUUAACAAACUACUGCUCUUUGGGAGAAGCCGUGUUUGAAGUGGUAUUGUGCUUUAAAUGUAUCGUGCAGUUGGGGAUCCUUGGUGGACAGUUGGUUCUAUGAGGGAAGACAUUUUCUAAGGCCUUGGAACAGAAGCAAGCAAAUGAGCUUGGAUAGCUCAGUCUUCAGGAUAAUUUUGGUUAGUGAGAAGGGAUAGGCAACAUCUUCUCAGGGAGAAGUUUAAUCAUUUCUGUAUUGUUGGUUUCCUUGUGGAGCAGCCCCCAGCUGUAGAAAGCUUUCUCAGUUAUUAUUGAGCAAGGAAGCGCAUUGGGUCUCAAUGUAAUUUCAGCCCUCGGUAACCUGGUCAAAGAGCUGAUCCUUCGUUCUCACGCAAGCUCCCCACUCUCUGCUUCCGCAGAGCAGCCUUUUCUGCCCUGGCAAACAACUAGCAGAGUUAAGUUUCUUGACCCAAGAAUUAAGAGCUUCUUAAGAGCAGUAAUCCUUUGCUAAUAAUAGCUUUGAUUGCUGGGUUGGCCAGGUAGAAAGGAGGGCAAGGGCUCUUUGGGUGGAUGUGCAGAAGAAGGAAUUUUGAUAUAUUCAACUUGUCAUAGGCAUCUUUUACACAUGUUACAGAAUUGGGGGGUGGGUUAGAAAGAAUUCUGAAGGAGUAGAACAGAUUGAAUCAUUUCAGACUGCAGGUGGGGAUUCCAUUGUUAGGAGAAAUUGUUAGAAGUGCAACAGCAGAGAUCAUUCAAUUAACUUAGUGGUUAAUUCUGUUACUGUUAAAAUCAGCUAACCAAGAGCAAACCAAGCUGCAGGUGUUGCCUGGCAACCAAGCAGUGUGGCAUGAUCUUCACUGAUUGGCUGUGCAGCUCUGAGGAAGUUUUUCCUCUGUGUGUUUGGUUGUAUGUCUCUGCAUAUUUGGUUGUGUGUUUGGUUGUAUGUAUGCCUGAAGCAAGAGAGACAAAACCUGUGUGUUCCUUUUUUCUCAAAUUGCGCACUGUUUUUGUCCAGUUUGCCCAGGAAAAUGUUACCAAGACACUGGACUCCAUCUGAGUUAUUUGAGUGACUUUGCUCAUGGUAUUUACACUGAGCGUUAAAAUAUGGCGUCUCCCACCUGCAGUCUGAAGUAGAGCAGACUGUGCUACUAUCACCUUAUUCUAUAGAAGUGAUCCAGAAAACAUGGUGCCUUUAGGCUUUCAAAAAAUUUUGGGCAAAAGAUUUCAGGUUUGCAGAAAAAUUAAUCAUAGGAUAAGGUGACAAGUCAUUUAAUGGAUUGGUGACUGGUUAAAUAACAGAAAAUAUAUAAUCAGAAUAAAUGGAGAGUUCUCAUCAUGGAGGGAUGUAGAAAAUGGGGUACCCCCAAGGAUCUGUAUUGGGAGCUGUGCAUUUUUUAGCAUCUUCAUAAAUGAUCUACUAGAGUUGGGAGUGAGCUGUGAGCCAGACUUGCUGAUGACACCAAACUGAUUGUGAGUAACUCCAAAAGGAUAUCUCCAAACUGGCUGAAUGAGCAGUAAAAUGGAUAAUAUAUAAAGUGAUGCAUGCUGGGGCAGAAAAUCCUAACUUCACAUUCAUCAUUCUGGGGUCUGAACUAUCCAUGACUGACGAGGAAAGAGAUAUUGGAGUUGUAGUGGAUGGAGAUGUUGAACCAGUGUAUGUGGCAGUUAUGAAAAAGGUGAAUGUUAUGCUACGUAUCAUUAGGAAAAGGACUGAAAAUGAAAUUGCCAUGGUAUUCACACUCUAAUUUAAAACUGGCCCCACAUUUCCUGAAGAUAACCUUUUGCAUUAUGCAUUGCAUGGUGUGUUUAGCAACAGAGGAGAGACGCUCUUGCAGCAGGUGGUGUGAUGAGAGAUAAUGGGCUCAAUGUGUUUGUUGCUCCUCGACGAAGGUGUCUCGGUAAACUUUGGCAAAUUUAUUCUUGCUCAACGUGCAAACAUCCCAGGUUUCUCUUUGUAACUUUGCCCUUCCGUCGCCUUUCAUUUUCCCUUUCCUUUCCAGAAACUGGAUGGCUUCUAAUGUGAGCCUGAAUCUGGAUAAAGAAACGUUGCUGGAGGAUGGGGUGCCACCUGCCAAGAAACCUAGGUGAGCAGAGCCAACGGGGAUUGGAUGAAUUAAUGGAGGAAAAAGCUAUCGCCUCCGUGAUUAGAGGCAGUGUAACUCUUGCGCGUGGGUUGCUGCAGGUGGGAGAGGGCUAUUGGCUUCAUGCCCCGCUUGUGGGCUCCCCAUCAGCAUCUGAUUGGCCACCAUGGGAAACAAGGACACCAGACCAAAGAGGACUUUGAUCUGAUCCUGCAGGGCUCUUGUGUUAAGUUACAUUAUGGCGGGGAGAGUUAUGAAGCUCCUUGGGUGACCUUGGGCCAGUCGCCAGCUCUUAGCCGAACUCACACCAUGGGGUUGUUGUGUCUGAGGAUAAAAUAGUAAUGCAGGGGGAGGACUAGGAUAUCACAGAAACUGCUCAGCAGAGAGGUUUGAAGCUUCCCCUGUUUGGUACGGUCCUGCUUGUCCCCCAAAUGCUUAUUGCUGUGAGCUGCCGCAGUCCAGGACUUUUUAUGCUGCCGCCAAGUUUGGCAGACUUAUUUCUAACUUUCACCACACAUGUGUGCGUAUAUAUACACACACACACACACACACACAGCAUUCUUGUAGGGGUGUUUGAGGAGAAUAGGUUCUUGGGACAUCUUAGGACCCCAUGUCUUUCUAAGUCCACGCAGCUUUUCAUUUAUCCACUAAGAUCAGUGAGACUGCAGACGGUCAGGCACAUGGCUUAUGGAAUUUGCAGGCUUGCUCCAGCAGAGGGUCCUUGGUUCAAUCCCUGGCGUCUCCAGACUCACGGUAGGGCUGGGAAUGAUUCCUGCCUGAAUUUCCGGAGAGCUGCUGACUGUCAAUAUCAACAGUACUGAGCUAAGAUGGACCAGUGGCCUGAUUUGGUAUGAGGCAGGUUUUCCUAUGUGCAUGACUAGAUACUGGAAAGUGCUGUUAUUAAUAAUGAGACAGAGAACGACAGUCAAAGGUAUAAAAGAAGGUAACUUCCAUAAUGCAGGCUUGGGUGGUUCUACAAGGUUAGCUAGUAACUGUGAAAAUAUACUUGCUUCUUCAAAUGGACCAAAAUUUUCCCGCAGACAAGGGGAAGUAAUCUGACGCGGAACAAAAUUCUAGCAAUUUUUCAGUACUAGACCAGCACUUUUCAAAAUAAUUGUGUUGUUGGGUUAUGUAUCAAAAGUAUAUAUGUAUGUAUAUUUAUUUAUUAUUAUUUAUUACAUUUAUAUACCACCCUUCAACAAGAGAUCCCAGGGUGGUUCUUUGGUGGCUCCAUGUUGCUUUGUUAGCCAUUUGUACAGCCUGCUGUUAAGCUGAAAGAACUAAGGGAAUAUUUGACAUUUUGAAAAGCUUGCCUUCACAGUUGCCUGGUGUGAAUCCUUACUCGGCUAGCAGUACAGUGGUACCUCGGGUUACAUACGCUUCAGGUUACAUAUGCUUCAGGUUACAGACUCCGCUAACCCAGAAAUAGUACCUCGGGUUAAGAACUUUGCUUCAGGAUGAGAACAGAAAUCGUGCUCUGACAGCGCAGUGGCAGCAGGAGGCCCCAUUAGCUAAAGUGGUGCUUCAGGUUAGGAACAGUUUCAGGUUAAGAACGGACCUCUGGAACAAAUUAAGUACUUAACCCGAGGUACCACUGUACUCAUGCCAGGCAAGUGGCUAUCUGCAAGCUUAGCUAUAUGGGAGUGGUAGCCAAUGUCCAGAUGUUGCUGGACUGCAUCUCCCAUCAUCCCUGACCAUUGGCUGAUCUGUUUUGGGAUGAUGGGAGCAGCUGCAACCCAACAACAUCAGGAAGGCACCCCAUUGGCUAGCCUAAGGGCCUUGGCCGUAUCUGCACAUGUCAAGCCUUGUUCCCUAUAAAUUUAUCCAUGCUGAUGGCAGGUCAUAGGCAUCUCUCCCUCUCUUUUUGGUUGCAGGAAACUGUUGCCGAGCCUAAAAACCAAGAAACCCCAGGAGCUCGUUCUGGUGAUUGGGACGGGCAUAAGUGCCGCAGUCGCUCCCCAAGUGCCGGCCCUGAAGUCUUGGAAGGGCUUGAUCCAGGCCCUGCUGGAUGCUGCUAUUGACUUUGACCUCCUGGAAGACGAGGAGCGGAAAAAGUUUCAGAAAUGCCUCCGGGACGAUAAGAACCUCAUCCACGUUGCCCACGACCUUAUCCAAAAGCUGUCGCCAGUGAGUCGAUGAGCCGCGGAGCGAAUGGUUUGCAAGCUUCAGGCAAAAAAGUGUUAAUAGAUUGUACUGUUUUGUGUGGGGGGCUGCCUCUGUUUACGGCGCCGAGUCUGACAGCACAUGCUUUUCUAAGCUUUAGGACAGGGGUCAGCAAACUUUUUCAGCAAGGGGCUGGUUCACUGUCCCUCAGACCUUGUGGGGGGCUACACUAUAUUUGGGGACGACGACGAUGCAAGAGCACCACAAUCGCUGGUGGCUGCUUACUUGUGUCUUGCGGGCAGCAGCAGCAGAGGGAUGAUGAGAGGCGCGCGAAAGGGCUCCGGAGAAGGGCUGCUUAAAAUGGCAGCCACUCGAGCACUGCUGCUGCUGGCACCAACAAGGCCCAGCCCCCUUCCUCCUCUAGGCAGGGCUGGAAGAAGCCAGGAGGGAGGAGGCGCUGCCGCUGCCGAGGGAGGGAGAGGGAAAGAACAUGCGCACUUGCGAUCCACGUGGAAAUUCCCGGACCGUCCGUGGACCAGGAUCCAGAAGGCGAUUGGGCCUGAUCCAGCCUGCGGGCCUUAGUUUGCCAAUCCAUGCUUUAGGAACAUGGGAAGCUGUGUUAUGCUGAGUUAGGUCACUGCUCCAUCUAGGUCAGUGUUGUCCACUCUGACAGGUAGUGCUUCUCCAGCAGAUUUUCCCAUCCCUGCCUGGAGAUGCAAGGGAUUGAACCAGGGAGUUUCUGUGUGCAGAUCAGGGUGGAUUUGAUUUAAAUCAAAUCGAUUUAAAUCACGAUUUAAAUUGCUAGUCAGUAAGACUUGAUUUAAAUCAUUUAUUUUAUACAGACAGACUCAUUCUUGCUGGUAUAAUCUUAAUAUUUACAACCAGAUGAAGGUUUCAUUUUUGGGAUAAUAAAUUUUCAGAGUAGCUUUUACAGUUAUAUCAAAAAUUACUGAUUUGGUUAUGCUAUUAGAAAUACAUAGGCAGAUAACGAUGAAAUUAUUGUGAGGUUUAGUGAGUUAACUGUUUAUAUUUGGACAACUUUUCUGCUGUGCUUUAUUGGAAGGAGAAAAAAUAAUCAUUUCCUUAAUAACAAUUUAAACAAUUUAUUUAACCAAAACAAUAACAUUAUAGCAUAUGUAUCCAUGUUUGUUAACUGAUAUGGUUAAACUUCCCCCCCCCCAAUUUUUUAAAAAACAAAUCCUUUUUUCCUGAUGAAGGUGCUCUAUGUCUGAGCUAGGACCCUUUCCCUUUUGUUCUCUGCUUUCCCUUUCCUAUAAAAAACCCAUAUCGGACUGGGCUGAAUGCAUCAUCUUUCCUCCAGUCUGAAGACCUUCUAUCCCACUGCUUUGAUGGGGCUUGCAGUGGUCUCCUGUCCGGUUCCCAGUUAGGUCCAACGACGCAGCAUGAGGCAUUCCAGUCUGUUGUAAAGAAUUGAGGCAGGCAGUUAGGCAUCUGUCAGACUUCAGAGAAUUCGAUCCCACCCACGGUGGCAGCCAAAAAGCAGAUAAACAAGAAGAGUUCUUACUAAGUAAUUUGUUCACUAUUCACAGAGAGGGACGGAGGAGUGCAGUCUUCCUAAGAUAAUGGCAUUGCUCUGAGUAAAGUCCCACCCCCUCCGUCUCUCCUAUUCUACGCCAAUAGGCUAAUCUGUGCUUUCUGCCUCUGAGCUUUCUGUUCUGCUACUCUCAAUGCUCGCCUCGUCCUGAGAGAGUGGGGCGGGUCAGGAGUGCUUUCCAAAGACACAGAGUCUGUCAGCUGUCUCUCCCCUGGUGCUGCUUCUUUCUGCUACUAGUCUCCCAAUAUUUCCCAGCUUUUCCCAUCUGCAGCCUCUGAACUAUGCCCUUCUGCAAACCACUGUCCUGAAUCUAUACUGUCCUCCUCUUCUUGAGAAGGUUCAGUGUGCAAGCACUUUCUUGGGCAACGCUCUAUGCUGUGAGAGUUUGGGCAGAAAUAGGACUCUAAUGCAAGAAUUGCAAUUCCAGUAAUAUGAUUUUCUGUGUUUACUCAGAGGUAAGCCCAUGGGUGUUUUCUUGCAGGUAAGUGGACACAGCUUAGUAGCUUAAUUCCAGCUGUGCCUCUGCUAGAUCUCAGCAACCAGUUCAGACAGCUGUUUAUGCCUCACCCUCCUCAAGAGAGCCAGUGUGGUGUAGUGGUUAAGAGCGGUAGACUUGUAAUCUGGGGAACCGGGUUUGCUUCCCUGCUCCUCCACAUGCAGCUGCUGGGUGACCUUGGGCCAGUCACACUUCUUUGAAGUCUCUCAGCCUCACUCACCUCACAGAGUGUUUGUUGUGGGGGAGGAAGGGAAAGGAGAUUGUUAGCUGCUUUGAGACUCCUUUGGGUAGUGAUAAAGCGGGAUAUCAAAUCCAAACUCUUCUUCUCAAGUCCUCUGCUGCUGAUUUUUUUUUAAUGGUCGUUUAAUAAAAUGAAUACAAAUAAAUCAAUUCUGAUCUUGGAUUCCCCUCCCCCCCCCAUCUUCUUGGCAGCGCACAAGCAAUGUCCGUUCCACGUUUUUCAAGGACUGCCUAUACGAGGUCUUUGAUGACCUGGAGUCCAAAAUGGAAGACACAGGGAAACAGCUCCUUCAGUCCGUGCUCCACUUGAUGGAAAACGGCGCUCUCGUACUGACCACAAACUUUGACAACUUGCUGGAAAUUUACGCGGCAGACCAAGGAAAAAGGCUUGAAUCUCUUGACCUGACCGAUGAGAAAAAGGUAAUCGGGGGGUGCUCAUGCCUGCGAACAGUGGCCAGUCUAGCAUGUGGGCCCAUUCAUUUCUCAAUGGUGUCCCCAGCUCAGGCCUUAAGUGCCAUUUUAGCUGUUGGCUGUGGUGGUAGAACACGCUGUGUUGUGUCACUUGCAGUAAGAAGACAGGACUAACACCAACACUGCCAGGCAGGGGGAGAGAAGAGAAGGGAGGGAGGAUCACUUCUAAAUGGUGUUUUCCUCCUACAGUGGCACAUUUUAUUAUAAAAAAGAGGGUUGUUUUUUUAAAAACCUAUUUCAAUAGUUUUAAUAUUUUCAAAAAAUAUUGGGGGCGAUAUCCUGCAUUUUACUCUGUGAACUGCCCUGAGAUCUUAUGAUGAAGGUUGGUUGGUUGGUAAUUAAUUAAUUAAUUAAUAUUGCUAGACGAGUCAAGAGUACCUUUUUUUUUAGUUUAUCCAAAGCAGGAUCAAUUAAUGUAACUAUUUAAUUCAAUACUAAAGCCCCUAUAUGCAUCCUCACCAAGCAGCCUCUUUCACGCACAAACAAAAAUGACUAGACCCCGCAGCUCUGCUUUCUCUUGUAUUCUUCUCAUGUCUGCAAGUGUUAAUAUUCACGGGAAGUUCCUUUUUCUUUUUUGAAAUCACAAGGCUACUAAUGCACUUCGGCAGAUUCCAGGGGUAUUUAUAGUGUUGACUUAAAGUGGAGUUUAACAAAGUAGGCUAUAAAGUUAGAAGCAACCUAAGAAAGCUGCCUCAUUCUGAGGCAGGUUGGCUUAAUAUUUUCAACCUGGAGUGGCAGCGUCUCUCCAAUGUUUCAGACGGAGGACAUUUCCAACCCUCCCUGGAGAGGAUGAGGAUUAAACCAGGCAUCUUCUGCCUGCUCUACCACUGAGCUUGGGCCUUUCUCCAAAGUCCACCCCUGUUUUUCAGCUUCCAAAAGCUGAAAUUCCUGUAAGCAGCUCCUCUUUUGUUGGAAUGGACUGAGUGCCUGGCUUUACUCCAAAAGCCAUGUAAACAGCAAAAGGAGAGUUUAUUUCUUGCGAGUUCCUUUUGAUUACGUAUGCCUGGUUUUCCAUGUACGUCCUUGAUUUCUGCUUCCUGCGUAACUUUUCAGCGUGAUAAUACUCCUGACUGGGGCAAGGGAGAAUAAACAGAAGAUGAGCUACAUGAGAAUGAAAUGUUAAACACAAUAAAUCGUGGCAGUGUUAUGAUAGUACCUGUUGAAGUACAUUUGGAAAACUUCCCCUGUGCCAAACUUGGUUUAGAGAAGGCUCCUGCAACUCCUAUUUUAGGGAGGAAAAGUACUAAAUUUCAGGGAAGGAAUGUAAAGAGAGCUGGGGGAGAAUAUGGUCCUAUAGUGUGCAAUUCUGAAUUUAGUUUUUUGCCUGUAACAGUCAUGAAUGUACUAGUGGGUAAAAACCCAGAAUGGGUUGCAUUUGUGCCAAAAAAAAAGAUAAAAUUAGAUAAUCCCAAAUACAUUAUGCUUAUUAAACAAAUUGGCCUAGAGUUGCUUAUUGUGUGCUUCCAAAAUGCAGGAAACAAUAUUUUGAGCAAGAAACAGGACAACAGCAAAGAUUUGAAGAGUAGGUGCUGUUCCACUAGCAUAGCAGACUUCUGUUUGCACAAUGCAAUUUCCCCUCUCCUGCAGCUCCCAGCACACUCUGAAAAUCUGCAGUCUGGAGAGUUGGAGAAUUCUCCCCAGCAGAUUUUGAAGUCUCAUGCAGGGAGGAGAGGAAAGGGAGCCCUGCUGCACACAACAUUGUAGACAAUCCUCAGACGGGAGGAGAUGGGACAGGUGCCACAAUGGCGAUUGAUUUGGAUUUCUGUUUUCAUUAGCUCAAAACCUAGUACAGUAUACAGGAAAUGGCUAUAGGGAGCAAAAGGCAACUGGAGGGUCUUCCCUCAAGAAAGUCUUUAUGGGUGGGGGGCAAAUGUCAAUGUUAUGCAGCAAUGUUGACUCAAGCUGUAGCAGUCAAAGGAUACCACUUUUUACCCUGCGUGGGCUGCAGCUGUUGUCCCACCAUAAGCCUGAGAACAUCCUUCACAAAGGAACCCAACUGUGUGCAGUAGCAUGGGGUCUGAUGCCGAGAAGUUCAGAAAAAUACAUCCCUGGGGCUGAGAGAGCUUGCGUGUGUGUGGAAUUUAUUGUGUUUAUAGAUUCUGAGAGCCAUCCCUCCCGCCCCGAGGCAGGAAGCCUAUAAACAUAUUUGCAGGGUGCUCAGUUCCUGGAAUGUGGGCUUGAAAAUAAAUAAAGGCAUUCCUGCUCUUCACCCUGCCCUACAGGCCACUCACUUCUCACUCAGCUCAAAGCCCAGUAGGUUGUAGAAGCCAAAGGGAAUGGUACUUUCUGGGUCUGUUGACGCUGAGCGCUGCUUUUGAAAUCCCAUACAGGUGCUGGAGUGGGCGCAGGAGAAAAGGAAGCUCAGUGUCCUACAUAUCCACGGUGUGUACACAAACCCCAGUGGGAUAGUACUGCACCCAGCCGGCUACCAGAAUGUGCUACGCAACACAGAGGUUAUGGUGAGAUUUGCAGCCCUGUCUGGGCCUUCUUGUCUCUUGCUGAAGGAUGAGUGCUGCCAGUAUAUAAGUCCGGGAUGAGGACUCUGUGGCCCUCCAGAUGUUGUUGGACUCCAACUCCCAUCAGCCCCAGCCAACAGGGCUGUUGGUUGGGGAUGAUACAACAACAUCUGGAGGGUACAGUUUCCUCAUCCCUGAUAUGAGUAUCAAGCCCUGAAUGCUUCGAACAACCAGGAAUGUCUUCUAAAGAACCCGCCGAACAAGACAGGUUCCCUUAACUAUAAAAAGGCGAUUGUGCAUAAACAGACUUUACACAUGUGCAGCGCCUGCUUUUGCAGGUGUGCAAACUAUGGGUGCAAGUCUUACCUGCACUAUACUGGUUUUUAAUUCAUAUGUGCGUGCACCCCCCCACCUUCUUGUGUAAUUAAAUCGCAUAUUAACUUCUUGUUUAUGCAUACAGAGAGCUGGAUCAGGAUGUAGAGUUGAUACCAAUUAGUGCUUUUAACUGUCAACAAAUUUAACAGCUCAGUAGCAAGUCACUGGAAUGGCAGAUGGUGUGAUGCAUUAAGGCAACUGCACAAACUAGAGACAUCUGAAAGCAGCCCUGUAUAGGGAAGUUUUUAAUGUGUGAUGUCUUACUGUGUUUUAAUUUGUUGGCAGCUGCCCAGUGACAGGGGUAACCUGGUCAGGUGGGUGACAUAUAAACAAUUAUUAUUACUAAUUUAUUGCACUUGAGGCCAGAAAGGAAUUAUCAAGUUCAGAUUGACUAGUGACUGGAUGGCUGCUCGUGUUUUUGUUUGUGUGUAGGUAUAAGGAGGGUUAGACUUCUCCUGCCCACCGUGGCUUGACUCAAAAAUGGACAAGGCUGGGCUGACUUUGCUGGGCUUUCUAGCCACUCAAAUCAGGGAUGAGGACGUUGUAGUGCUCUUGUUGAUCCCUUAGGAGUGGGGAACCUAUGAUUCUUCAGCUGUUGCUAGAAUCUAACUCCCAUUAGCUGCAGCUCACAUGACAAAUGGUCUGGAAUGAUGGCAGAUGGUAGGACAUCUGGAGGUCCACUGGCUCUUCAUCCCUGCACCAGACAAUUCUUGCUUUUGUUACAUGGAGCUACCCAAGCUGACCUUUGGUUCCUUCCAAUUCUAAAACUCCACAGCCCUAAUGAAAAUCGAUAUUCUGUACACUUUCCCUUUUCCCUUUCCUAAAGCGAGAGAUCCAGAAGCUGUAUGAAGCCAAAUCGUUCCUGUUCCUGGGCUGUGGCUGGACUGUGGACGACACAACUUUCCAAGCCCUCUUCCUAGAAGCUGUGAAGCACAAAUCUGAUCUGGAGCACUUUAUGCUCGUGCGCCGUGGGGAUGUGGACGAGUUCAAGAAGCUCAGAGAAAACAUGCUGGACAAAGGGAUUAAAGUGAUCUCAUAUGGGAACGAAUACGCAGACUUGCCUGAUUAUUUUGAGAGGCUGGCAAAUGAGAUCUCCAACCGGGGUCGAGCAGGUAAGAGGACUGGCUGUCUUCCUAGUGCAGAGAAGGGGAGCCUGCAAGACAUCCAGACGUUGCUGAACUCCAGCUCCCAUUAGCCCUGACCAUUGACCAUUCCAUCUGGGGCUGAUGGGAACUGAAGUCCCAAACCUAUCUGUAGCCCUCUAACAUUGCGUCUUUUAUUGAAUUUUGACUUUAUCACAUUCACAUCUCACAUUGCUUCCCUUUAACUUGAGGUGGCCUAGAAGGGAUUCCCCCUGGGUUUGUUCUCUAGGCACUUGCCAGAUCCAGAUUUGCUUAGUUCCAGCCAGGUUAUGGCCUCGCAUGCCUUCAGAGCACUGAAACUUCUGUGUGGACAAUACAAAUGUGUAGUACCAGACCCACAAUUUGGCUCCCCUGAGCACCCUUGCUUUCAUUGAAAACAAAAAGCAAGAAGCCAAACAGGUGAACGAAGUAAGACUUUUAGAGGAUGGGUGGAAAAAGAGGGGCUUCUGUGUCCUGUAUUGCCCUUUGCUCCGCCUCAUCAUAGCAAAACCAGCACAAUGUAUGCAGCUGUAUACGUUAAGCAAAUUAGGUGCAUUUGCAUAACUUUAUACAAGAGGUCAGAAGCAUGGAACACUUGUUAGCUAUUGGUGAUUAAGAAAAAUAUGUGCCUUACACAAAUAGUUGAAAAUAAAUCUUUGCUUGUCAGGCUGGCAGCAAGUAUUAUUUGCAAACUCCUCUAGGCAGCAUCUAAGUGGAGUCUCCAAACCUCUCGCCUUCAAAAUCAAGAUAGAACAGGAUAACUAACCAACCCCCAACUGCCAAUUCUCAGCUACCACCUCCUUUCUCCAAUACCAUCUGUUCUUUGUGAAAUAAAUAUAUUCCCAAUGAAAUUCCAGAAGCAUGGAAAGCUUCCCACACCAACACACUCCCUUUAUAUAAUGAAUGGCAGCUUAGAGUUGGAAGCUGCCAAAAGGGGCUGGACGCAGCCUUUCCGAAGAUUCCUGUGGGUGUCUCGUCACAAUAUUUUAAGCAAACAACUUACCACCUCCCCCCCCCCCCCAUAGUACCUUUUAUAAAUGGGCACAAUCCAAAGGGAAACCAUUCUAGGGGGAAAGGGGUUGUAUCUCACAAAGUUCUACGCAGGGUAGAACCGUAGAAAUGCCUGAACCCAAGACAUGAACUCCCAACGGGUCUACUCAGAGUAGGACUAGCAUCGACUACAACUCAAGACCAUUAGUGGAGUUUGGGAGGCUAGCAUAGAUGCAAGACGCUCUCACACAUUUUUUGUGGGUCGCUGCUAACGUGUCACCUCCAAAUAACUUCGAUUCCCCGCCCCCUUUCCAGGUCCACCUCGGGAGGGACAGCUAAAUGGCAUGGCUGCAGCCCACACGGAAAUCAAAGGUAGGGAGCUUACUUAA